GGAGUUGUAAGCCAAAACAUCUGGAGGGCCGCAGGUUGGGAAUGUCUGAUCUACUGGAUUUCUAAAACUCAUACUACUGAUUAAUCUACUGUUGGCAGGCCAAUAUGAGCAUUUUUGACUUUAUACAUCACAUUUUUCUAAAAAGCUUAUGCAAGUCAAGGGAGGGAUGGAAUUCCAGUAGCCCUCAGCAGCAUACAUAGCUAGCUCUUUAAACCUAAUAUUUAUUAUUAAUCUUACCUUAUAAUUAAACCACUAGCAUGUUUUUAAAAAUAAAACCACUCACCUCCUUCAGUGAAACACUUGAGUUAUGACUCUUCUCCAGUCAACGAAAUACUUUCCUCCUUUUUGAACAUGGCUCUCAUUUUAAACUCCUCUGUUGAUGCUAAUGUGGGAGUUUGAUCAGCUGUGUUUGACUGAAAGUUCCCCCAGCUGUAUCCACUUUCCCAGUAGUUCUGACUGAAUUGGUUUCAACUUGGCUAUUUUGGUGGCAGAACUCAAUUCUCCUACUUUAGAGAAGUUCCCUUGUGAUCAGUAGGUAUUUCAAUAGAAUGAUGAUCACACUUUCAGAAAGCUAAUUUCAAUUCUGAAGGAGGGUAUAGCAUGAUUAACACUAAAUAUGUUUUCUAGCUACCAAGGAAACUUUGGUUUUUACUUAAAGAUGGAAACAAACAUGGCUAAGAGCCACCUUUUCAUAUCUUUAAAUAAAUGGAGGAUAAACUAUUCCUCCUGAUUUACUUGUGUGUUUACAUGUCUUGUUAAUUAUUCAUUCCUCUCACACUUUUCAAUUCAUUUCCUGUCACUUUCCAAAGUGCAAAAAGUCCAUGAGGGGAUAUGUUGUAUUAUGGCAGCAGAGUAUUUUAAUCCACUUAAAUUGCACAAACCUAAAUUUCUGUUAUGCACUUGAAUGCCUCCUAUAAUUUGGAAGCACCUUGUGACUAAAUGCAGACUCAGCCAGUUGGGUGUGUGGUUUGUUUGUUUUUUACUUUCCCUUGCCUUAUUUACUACCAAGCCCCAUUGAUUUAAAUGAGGCUUACUCUCAGGAUUUAGGCUUUUAACAAAUGCUGUCAGGAUCAUUCCAAAAUCCACCAUUGGGCACUACCUUUACUGGCACCAACCAAAAUGUCACAGAAGAGUGGCAACUAUUUUUCUCCAGAACUCUUCAUCUGGCAAGAUGUUCCACAAAGCAAAUGAGUAGAAAGAAGAAGGUAAAAACAAAACAAAACAAAACAAAACAAAACAAAACAAAACAAAACAAAAGUACAUAAAUUAGGCUGAUGUCUAUAAGCUGAUCUCAUAGCUCUUCAUUUAUUUCUUUGUUCCAAACUUUACUGUAUGUUUCCAAGGAGAGUUACAAUAAUAUAAAAAUGCAAGAUUAAUAUCAUUUAAUUAUUUGCAUUUUUUCUUCAUUCACAAUGUUGCACAAAGCAGGGGAUGAGGUAAAUGUGGGGGAUUAAAAAACAAAAAAAGGCUGAUGUCAACAAGCUCAUCUCACGGUUACAACUUUUUUUUUGUACUCCCCCCCCGAAUCUGAAGAGCUACAGAGAACUAAAAUACCACCUGCCACACUUCUACAUCACUUUAUUUGGUCCUGCUGUUUAGCACACUGAAUACAUUACCAUUUCCUGCCAUUUUAUGACACCCCAAAAAUGAACUGCCUGAGGCCGUAGCCUCACUCUACCCAAUGGGAGGGCUGGUUUUGCUUAGGGAAAGCUUCUGGGAGUAUCGUGGCACUUUAAAGCCUUCACCAUUGACAUCGUCGUCUUCUUUGGUGAUCACUCACAGCCGAGUAAGAUUGUCUUCCAUGAAUAUGGUCUUAACCGUGUGUGUGUGUCUGUGACUGUGGAGGCCAAUUCUGGAUCCACACGUCCUUCCACGGUAGGACAUAUCUCACCAUUAUGGCACAAGCUUACAAGUCAGCUGCUUCUGCUGCAUUGUAUCAGUUCGUGGCUAAACCAAACUUUGUGGCACUAUUAAAAGACUAACAGAUUUACUGAGGCCUUCCAAGUGCCAUGAGAUUCUUUGUCACUUUUGCUGUAAUCUAUUUUUAGAGAAGUUUUUAAUGUUUGAAGUUUUAUUCUGUUUUUAGUCCUCUGUUGGGAGCCGCCCAGAGUGGCUGGGGAAACCCAGCCGGAUGGGUGGGGUAUAAAUAAUGCAAUUAUUAUUAUUAUUAUUAUUAGAUACUCUGUGCUUUGUUGCUACCUACUGAUGCAUCACUUGAAAGCAAGCACCAGAUAACAACCCUGUUAUAAGAAAAAACUGCCCCUUUUCCCUUAUGGGGUAUCAAAGAGCCCAUAUAGAGUCCUUAUGUAGGUUUUCUAUUGGUAGGAGAAAAUAACAGAGACCAGCUAGAGAAUAUUGAGAAGCAAAGCAGCUAGUAAGCAUGAUCUUUAUUAAACUGUUGCAACAGGGUCCCUCACUGCCCCCACGCAGGGAGGGAGGAGAGGAACCCUGAACAAUGGUGUGCAAGCUCUUAUAUAGACUUUUGGAAUUGCCUCCCCUGUAGCUCAAGACCACCUCCUAAAACAUCAUACAUACAUCACAGGGGGACGGUCUACAGCAGAAAACCUGUCUGUCAGGAUACCCAAUAAUGUUCAAUCAUUGCUCAACCUGGGUCAUUCUUUUGUGAUGGUAAAUACUUUAGUUCCUGAAUUUCUUACACAUAUUGAUAGUUUGCGCAGCUUAACAGAUACUUGCCAGACUAAUUUUGCAAGGGGAGGCGUAAGCCCCUACAGUCCAAGACAACUGGAAAGCUUUUCCCAUCUCCUUCCUCCAUGCAGAGAAAUAAAGGUAAAGGUAAAGGGACCCCUGACCAUUAGGUCCAGUCAUGACCGACUCUGGGGUUGCGGUGCUCAUCUCACUGUAUUGGCCGAGGGAGCUGGCAUACACCUUCCGGGUCACGUGGUCAACAUGACUAAGCCGCUUCUGGUGAACCAGAGAUAAAUAGGUACCGCUCUGGCGGGAAGGUAAACAGCGUUUCCGUGCGCUGCUCUGGCUCGCCAGAAGCGGCUUAGUCAUGCUGGCCACAUGACCCGGAAGGUGUACGCCGGCUCCCCCAGCCAAUAAAGUGAGAUGAGCGCCGCAACCCCAGAGUCGGCCACGACUGGACCUAAUGGUCAGGGGUCCCUUUACCUUUUAGGGAGGGAGAUUGGCUCAAGUUACUGAGGUAACUUGAGCUGAAAUGAAAUUGCUAAUCAGCUUGUUACAGUUGAGGAGAGACAAAAAGAGACCCCAAACAGUCUGGGUGGGGGAUACUUGAAAGAGAGAAAGUGUGUAGUUCUCUUAAGAUAACUUCUAAAACCAAAGUCCAUUUCUGUUUGCUCUGCUUUGAUAUGCUAUGGCUGUCAUAACAUUCAAACCAAUCAUAAUAAAUGCUCAUUAUAAGUAUGGAGGAGCCCAUAAUCUUAAAACGGGCCAUGAGAGGAGACAGCAGAUGUUCAAAUUAGGCUCCACCAGGUUCUGUGCAGGUUUCAGGUUGUCAUUGGGACUGCAGGGGUAAAAUAAAACAUACCAUAGUUUAUCCUCCAUUGUUUAACAUAUAAAACCCAGCUGUUACCCAUAUCUCUAUUUCCAUCUCUCAGUGGAAAGUUUCCUUGGUAGGUGGAAAACAUAUUGAAUGUGGUCUAACCAAGGCAGAAUAGAACGGUUCUAUUACUUCCCUUGAGAAUUAAAAUUAGCUUUCCGAAAGUGUCAUAAUUGUGGUAAAAUACCCUCUCAAACCCUACUGAUCGCAAUGGGACUUCUUUAAAUUAAAAGGAUUGGUAUCCAUUAAAGUCAGAAAUACUGACAAAUUGGAUGCAGCUGUUCUGAACAAAUUGGUUUAAAAAGAGGGUUAUGUCAAAGGAGGAGAAAACUCUUGUCUUCGUAGUUGUCUGCUGUAAUAAGAAGGUGAGUGGGUUUUUUUGAAAUGAAAAAAAAUGCAAGUGGUUUAAUUAGUUUAUAAUAUAAUACUAAUACAUAUAAGUAUUGCCUAUGUUAUGCUUAAAGAUAAUAUGUUAUGAUUAAUAAAUGCAUUAUGAUUAACAAUAAUAUAUAUUAGCACACGUAUAUUAUGUGUACUACUGAUUGCUGUUAGAUUUUCCUUUCCUUUUUAAUUUUUAAAAGCUUUUUAGGGGGGUGGGAAACCCUGCUUGGCCUUUAAUGGUAGGCUAAUCAUGUUUUUUAAGAAAUAUAGCAGAUGAAACUUUUAACUGUAUGGUGAGACAUAAGGCCUUCUAAGGUCUGAGGAGCAAGCCACCAUUGGACGUAUACAAUAACAUUCCUAGUAAAGAGGCAUAGCUCCUGCAUUGACUUAACACCAUGUAGCUGUAUUUUAGAGAAUAAAAAUUAUAUAAUUUUUAAAAGAAUUACUAAGUGGGUAUAUGACACUGACAUCUUUUUUGAUGAAGCAGAAUUCUCUAGCAGCUUUUUGUCCUAGCACUUUUUGCUACUGACUAUCAGUGCUAUCAGUGGCAAAAAUUCCUUCUUCCUCACUUUCUAUACCUUACUAUGGGGUGGUAGCAUUAUUUUAAACAGGGAUAGCAAACAUGGUGCCCUUUCGGAUGCAGGCCUUCCAAGUGUUUCUAUUGUGUUCCAGGGACGUUCCCGAUUUAGAAAAGCAUCCCAGUUUCUUACUUGAUCCUGGAAUGUCCUAUUUUUCCUUAGGAUGUCCCUAUUUAAAUUGGAGAAAUGUUGGAAAGUAUUGAGCUAUCCAACACCCAAGCCAUCUGAAGUUAAUACUCCAUAGGGAACGUUGUUUAAGGUUUUAUUAUAUUUUUUAUAUCUAUUGGAAGCAUGGAGUAUAAAUAGUAAAAUCAUCAUUAUGGAAUGAGAUGAUGUCCUUAUGUUCAUCGGAGAAAUGCUGGAUGGUAUGCAGAUGUUGUUGGCCUACAAUUGUAGUUGCUGUGGCUGAUGGGAAUUGGAGUCCAGCAACUGGUGUACAGCUCCUCUUUGGCUGACCUGGUCCUAAAAUGGCUGAACUUGAUUUGGCAGAAAACCAGUCUGCUUAGAAGAAUGUAAAUCUUAACGCCACAUCCUAGGUCGUUAUUACAGAAAAUUCUUAGGCGCUUGGUUCUCCAAAUACUCUUCCUUCCAGAUUGCAGGAAGGUCAACUAGGCUUUGGACACCUCACAAAGCCAUUUGCAUUGUGUAAUGGAGGUGGGCUCUCCUCUCUUAUUUGUAGGAUCCAAGAUGUCUGGGCGCGGCAAGAAGCCGGCAAAGCCUGCAAUCAAGGUAAAAAAAAGCAAAAGUGCAAGAGCUGGCUUGCAGUUCCCAGUGGGCCGCAUUGGACGUCUUUUGAGACGGGGUCGGUAUGCAGAAAGAGUGGGUGUUGGCGCCUCGGUGUACAUGGCUGCCGUGUUGGAAUAUCUGACUGCAGAGCUACUGGAGCUGGCGGGAAAUGCUGCUCAUGAGAACAAGAAGCAACGAAUUGGGCCACGCCACAUCCAGUUGGCGAUCAGAAGCGAUGAUGAGCUGAACAAGCUGUUUGCGCAUGUGACCAUUGCGGAAGGUGGAGUUCUCCCCAACAUCCAUACCCAGCUUAUUCCCAAGAAGACUCUGCAGCGUAAGGAAGCCACAGGACACCCCGAAUCCCAGGAAUUAUAAAACUUUCAGCAUUUCGGUAUCUUGCAAGAACAGACUCUGCCAGAAAGGUUGUAUUGUCAGAAGCUUAGCUUUUGUUCUUUGGGGCAUUCAUCAUUCGUAUGGUCUGUUGUAAAAAAACAAAAAACAAAAACUUUAAAUGUUUAUUAAAUGUUAAAAUAAAGGC